AUGAAGACCUCCCUCGCUCUUGUUCUCGGCGCCGCCGCUUCCAUUGUCACCGCCGGCAUUGUCAUCACCCCCAUCAAGGACGAUCAAAUCGUGCCCAGAAUGGGGGAUGAUUGCGCCUUUGGCGUCGUUACGCCCCAAGGAUGCGGGUAA